CCCCGCACCCCCCAUGGACAGUGCCCCCGCACUGCCGGCCCCCCCCGGCCCCGCCGCCCUUCGACCCCCAGCCCCGCGAGGCCGCCAAGCGCGGAGCGGCCCGCCGAGCGACGCUCCCUCGGCUGCCGCGGGUCCCGGCGUCCCCGGCUCGUGGAGGCCCCCGCGCUGCUCCCCGUCCACGUCCCCCGGCGUCUCGUCCGCGUCGCCCUCGCUCUCGUCCUCGUCGGCGGCGUCGCCGUCGUCGCCGUCGUCGGCGUCGCCCAACUCCGUGCCGUCGUCGCCGACCCACGCCGGGCCGUGCCGGGGCACGCGCAGCCCCAAGGGGUCGCCGGCGCCGCCGCUCUCCCCCGACCCCUCCAAGCCGGAUGACCUCAAAAAACGCGCCGGCACGCGGGAGGCGCACAACAAGCUGGAGAAGCACAGGCGGGCUCAGCUAAAGGAGAGCUUCGAGGCGCUCAAAAGGAACGUGCCCAACAUGGGCACCAAGAAGACGUCCAACCUCGACAUCCUGCGCGGCUCGCUCAAGUACAUACAGGUGCUGAAGCGGAAGGAGCGCGAGUGCGAGCACGAGGUGGAGUGGCUGGCGCGCGAGAAGAUCGGCCUGCAGCAGCGCCUGGCCGCGCUGCGCAACGAGCUCUCGUCGGCGCUGGAGCCGCACGAGGUGGAGGCGCUGGUGCGCGACGCCUCCGGCGGGCACGGCGGGCACGGCGGCGGUGACGGGCAGCGCCGGCCGUCGGAACACCGCGACGGCGGACGGGGCAACCCGUACGACGACGACGACGACGGCGAGGACGAGGGCGACGACGACGACGACGAGGAGAACAUGGACGAGGACCGCAACGUCGCCGACGACGACGACCAGACGUCCACCGCGUCCGAGGGGGAGGAGGGCCCGGAGCCGGCUGUCGUCAACCUCCCGCUGUUGGUCAAUUCGGAGCACGCGCCGCGCGACCUCUCGCUCGCCGAGUGGAUGGUCGCGCCUCUCUCUGGCUCUCCGCACUGCUUGGGGCAGGCUCCCCGCAACAACGUAGUGCAGCAGAAUCAGCAGCAGCAGCAGCAGCAGGGCAAUCACUGCACUCCACUGAACUCCACGCAGCAGCAGCAGCGGCCGCAGCAGCAGCAGCCGCAGCCGCAGCAGCAGCAGCCUCCGCAGAUGGCGGUGGCUUCAACUCAGGGCCACGCAACUUCCCCGCCACCUGCCAGCGCCUCGUACCGAGGCCCCGCACCGCGGCCGGACUCGUCGCGCCCAGCGCAGCCUCAGCCGGCGUGCAACGGCGUGCCGAGCCGGGCCCCGGCCGCUGCCCUGCCGCGGGGCGAGCGGGCGGCGCUGCCGGCCUCGCGGCCCGUGGCGACCGUGGUGUCACCCCGCGGCUGCGUGGUGUCGCGGGCGCCGGCGAUCGUGGCUCGGGUCACUCCUGUCAUUCAGACGUCGGUGAUCCGUGGGCCCACGAAUCCAGCCCCGUUGAAAAACCACAACCUCAACAUCAAUCAUUUUCCGCAUCAGCACAACCAUCACAAUCAUAGCGAUAAUCACCACCACCACCAUCAUCAUUUCCAGCAACAUCACCAGCAGCAGCAUCUCGAACACAACCACCAUCAGCACCAUCACCUCGCGGGCAGCCUCGCUCACACACCUCCGCCGCUGGUCAAGCCGCAGUGAGGGGGACAAUGCGGGGAACGCGUUUGUCUCGGUUGAAGAGCUGCGGGACUGGUGGAAUGGGUGGGCACAGAGUUGCCUCCAUCUGCCUCCCCAGGACGUCGAAGCAGACCGAGCGGAGGAGCUCCCCUGCCAGGUUCGCAGUUUAUUCCUUCACUCUCGAUCCAUGAUGAUGUGACCUUGGAGAAGCGGAGGAACAGAAUCAACAGCAGUGGCAAAACUUAACGUGCACUCCGGGGGCUUGUUCGAGUCGUGGAAUAUCCCUGCUGUUUCCAAGUUCGUGGAGCGGCUCUGGGUUUUGGUGGCGGCGUGCCCAUCGCGUGUUGCUUGGGCGGGUUGGGUGCUCUUGUUAAUCCUUCUCGAGCCGGCUCCGUUUCACCUCACCUUUCGCAAUAUGGGCGGAAGACCCACGAAGCUCUGCCUCUCUCACAUGUGAAUCUUCCCGCGCUCUGUCGAGUACUGGAUGCGCCCAUUGUAGGAGCUGGAAUCUUCCACGAUGGUUGAAGUGCACCAAGGACCAAUCCAGCUCCAUUCUUAUACGGCAAACAAAAGGAGCUGUAAAAAAAAAGUAAAAAAAAGAGAAAAACCCCUCGGAUCCUCUUUUUCCAUAAUGAGCACUUGACUUGUCCAGCGGUUCGGGCGACUCACUCGAGAGCGAGCCAAUCACCUGCGCUUGCCCAGAACUAGCUGGCCUAGCUGCAGCAGGGCCAGGUGCUCGCGAGAGGCCGAGUCAACCCGAAGAAGUACCACCGAACGGCGACGAGGGUCGGCCUCACCACGAACUCAAGACAGCGAGGCCUGCCUAGGCAAGAGACACUCAUCAAGUGCUAAUUCCAUAAAAAAAAGAAAUUUCCCCACCCCCACCCCAACAAGGAGGUUCUCAUGCGGCAUCUCUAGUUUUUAUUUCUAAGUGCGUGCGUGCGUGCGUGCGCGUGCCUCUCCGUCUCCUCGAAACCCACACACGCUACUGUGAUCAUUUUGACACCAAUGGUUAGCAGAUAAUAUCUGUUUGUGCCUCCCUCCAUCCCUGCCUUUCCCCCUCCCCCCCCCCCUCCAAAAAAAAAAAUCAAGUUCCUAGCACUAAUAGUUUAUAUAUAUGUAGAAAAAUAAAAAAAAAAUAAGAAAAAAUAAUUACCGUGCAAUAGGCUGCGCUGAAGUUGCUGAAGACGGAGGAGAAAGCUGUCGGCUUGCGGUGCGUAGGCAUCGCUUUGAUCGCAAGCUGCCCGCCCCCCCUGCUCUUGCCCCGACCAACGGAGAAGGAGCGCAGAGUGCCCCACGCCUGGCCUGCGUCCCGCGUUAUCUCUCCGAGCCACCUUGGAGGGGGUAGCGCGGAGCAGGUGGACAUGAAAUGGGGUGGACUGCGAGGGGCGGGUGGCAGCGCACGUGGCUCGCUCGUUCGCUCAGUUUGUUUCAUCCGUCUGUAGCGGCCUCCCCCCCCGCCCCUCGUUUAUCUGCUGCUUCCCUGAGAGGACGAGCGACGGCCGCGGUGCCCGAUGGACCUUGUCUGGCCACACCACCACCACCAUCGCCGCCGCCGUCACCGCCUGGUUAUUAUGGUUGUGACCGGAUGGACUGACAAAAGAUACAAUGUUUAUUUUUUAACUCUCACGUUUACUUUUUUUCUGGACUACGAAGCGGAUUUGUUAUUUUUUGUGACCAUCUGUGGCGAGGCUAGAGGCUUGGGAAUUACAAAAGAAAACAGCCUCGAUCGUAAAAAAAGAAAUGUUUCCAAGCCAAUCGUGGGUUGAAAUGCUGUAUCUGCAUAGACUAGAGGAUUUUGGACUGGAAGCAUAAUAAAAGGUAAAAAAAAAUUAACAUAAAAUAAAAAAACAACAGCUUAUAAUUUGUUCGGGUAAAAAAUAACUAAAUCUAUAUCCGGAGAAUGCUUUGUGUUGGAAAAUCAUGCUAAUAAUCUACAAUGUAUGAAUGUUGAACUUCUUUCGUACCGUACGUAGCCAAUCGGAGGUGCGAGAGAAGGCCAACAAAGCAACACUACUGCUACUACUACAAGCAACACUACUGCCAUUUUCACUCGGGUUCAUACGAUGCCCCUUUUGGAUAUUGCAGUACGUACGUUCUUUUGGAACGAUCCACAUCGCGCCGAUUCCACACCGUACGUCGCCAACCGUUUCACUGUUUAGGUUUCAAUGUGAUCCACAUUGUGAUCCACAUUGAAAUCGAAACUGUGGAUUCAGGAUGGGAGAACAAAAAAAAAAAUUCAACUCUGUUGUUUUUUUUCUCUUUCCGUCGUUGCUAAAUUUCUUCCCCCAUUUUAUAAUUUUUCUAAAAUUUCACAUUUUAAAAGUAACUCUUCUUGUUUAUGUCCUCCCACCCCCCCCCCCCCCCCCCCAUUUGUGUUAUUACUGUACGUUUGUUUAUUAUUGUUAUUGUUUUUGGGCUGUAGACACUGAUGUGACCGCAAGCUGUAUGAAAGGAGCUAUCGGCCAAUCCGCCGCCUGUAAUUGUCCGUGACGGCACCACAGCGCCUGGUGGAUUUCGUGACUUGCGGCCUGCCGAGCUUUGAUGAUCGCCACCAUUGGCGCCCCGCUAGACGCGUUCCUUUGCUGGACAGCCGGGGUGGGGAAACUACGGCCCCCGUGGGCCGGACAUUUCGUUUCAUGUACCCCGUGGCCACACGAGGCCUACGCAAGGCUUAAUUUAUGGAAUAUUUACCGGAGCUCAGAUCCCUCGACAUUAAGCCACAACAUCUUGCAAGCAAUAUUUAUUCGUCACUGCAAACAUCUUCAGUCGCACUAAUCGGGUACUAGAGGGGACAUGUUUUUGGCCCGCCAACAACACUGUGUUUCUAACUUUUCAAUGCGCUCCAUCGCUUGUGUUCAUGCAUGGGCCUCCUGCCGGAGGUAUUCGGAAGUCCUAUCCGGCUGUCAGCACUCGAAGGAAGCGAUUUCCUCCCCACCUACCCCUGCUGUAGGGUCUUGCGACGAUCUCGUAGCGAGGCGUUCCGGAGCGAGGCAGCCGCCUGGUUGAAUCUGUUCACGAUGCACUACCUAAUUAAAUGGUGCCGCCCUCUCCGAUGUGCGCUCAUUGAUUGAGAUGCACUUCUGCUACACAAGUAAUGUGUUUUCUUUUGAAGUCUUAAAGAUUUAAGAAAUCUUUAAUGUCUUGUGAUUCCUGUAUGAAGUGUAUCUGCUCUGUGUGACCUUCCUCGAUCUCGUGAUGUUUCUCAUUUUUCAUUUCCCCCCCCCCCCACCUUGAAAGAAGACAAAUCCCCCAACAACGGUGAUUGACUUUUUUUUUUAAAGCAUGCGCGCUUUUUAAACAUUUACGAGGGGCGUUUGAAGGCUGUGCGGUGUUGUGCGAACCUGGGAGCACAGAGACGAUGCGGUGAAGGCUGCUGCAUGGAUCGGACGUGGAGUUUGUCGAUCGGAUCUGUAAUUACUGUAUUAAUGAGUGUCAAGACUCCAUUCCAAAGACUCCGCUGCUGGGUUAUUCCCCCCCCCCUCCCCGAAGCGGCCUCUCCCAUCCUGUAACACAGCGUCUCCGCAUCUCAAUGCCCCUAUCGGUCAUUCAAACACAGAUGAAGUUGUUACAUGCCGCACGAGCCUGAUGAUUGCUAAAAAAACACACCUUCCGUGCGACGUAUACUGCCGAUUCACGUGAAGAUGGGGAUGUCCUGCAUUUGCACGCGUCUUGUUCGUUGCGCGUGUGGAUCUGUGUCCUAAGACACGAUGCAGCCGGCGCCGGGGGAUCUUGUGCGUGCAACGCCGAUUCAAAUUUGCACAUCCUCUGUGUAUGCACGCGAGUGUCCCCGUGUUGACGUCGCGCGAGGCUUCGAUUCGAAUUGAAUGGAACGGUGCGCGUGUAAGAAGCGCGUGCCCCAAGGGCUGUGUGAGGUUAGAGGCGCCGAUUCGAAGCGAGAAGCUGCGCCUCGACUACACGCGUGGUGGCGCGCUUCAGCAAUCAUCAGGCAAGGGCGCGCGUAACAGCCUUGCCGCUUGCGAGCGGAGGAUGACCGAUCGGUGGAGCGUGGGCGCGCGGCUGCAACGGCCGGAGAUUUGGGAAGACCCUGUUUGUAAAGCGCGCCACACACUCGCCAAAAAAAA